GGCUUUUUACGCAGAACACCUCGAACCCAAACAAAAAGAGAAACUGCGAUCAAUCAGCGGCCGAUCUGCGUCUGUGUGGUUCCGUGCGCCUGUAUCCCGUCCAUCACGAUCAUCUCAACCCCCCAGCAACGAUCCAGAGGAGUGUGAGAGCUAGCGAAGGCGGGGGGUUUUACCGGGAGCCGGUCCGGAUCAGCGGAGGUUCGGUUCGGGUUCGGGUCUGUAAGAAGUGAUGCGGGGGAUUUGUCAACUAUGAUCAUCUAUCGACCCAAAAAGCACUAGAAGCACACAAAGAGAAGCUCUGCUUCUGCGUAAACACGGAGAUUCAGAACCGAUCCGGUUCGGCUGGAGGGUGGGAUUAGCUUUAGCUUUAGCAUGACAGCAGGGAUGCGCUGAUUCCGAAACAUUUCUUCAUCUUUCCACAGGCUAGCGGAUGUUCCGGCCGUCUCCAUGGAGUUUCCUCAGAUGACACGUCGGUUCAGAGCUCAGGGAUUUGGGGCAUGGUGACUGCUGUCCGUCAGCCAGAGGAGCGGCGUCUAGCAGGGGCCGUCUGGACCUGAAGGAAGACCUCCGAGAGAGGACGCGGACGGGACGACCGAUACGGGAACGCGAGCGAGACAGACAUGGGUCAGUGUGUGACUAAAUGUAAAAACCCCACAUCCUCUUUGGGGAGUAAAAGUGGCGAAAAGGAUGCUGGGAAAUCGCACGGUAAAAAAGGCGGCGGCGGCACGGGCAGCGCGCACAAGGAGGAAGUGGCCAAGUCUUCCGCCGACGUCAUAUUCAACGGCACCAAAGUGUCAGAGGUGACGGUGGAGGGCAGCACGGCUCCGGCCGUCUCCGCGGACGUGCGACGGGAGCUGAGCGCGCAGGACGGGGACGGAGUGUCGCUCGCUCGGAUCGACGAGCUGUUCUUGUGUUAUAAGGAUGAGCAUGAAGAUGCCAUCCUGGAGGAGGGGAUGGAGCGCUUCUGCAAUGACCUGUGCGUCGAUCCAGCCGAGUUCAAAGUGCUGGUGCUGGCGUGGAAGUUCCAGGCUGCUACCAUGUGCAAGUUUACAAGGAGGGAGUUUGUGGAUGGCUGCAAGGCGAUCCAGGCCGACAGUAUCCCGGGGAUCUGCUCUCGGUUCUCCAUGCUGCUAGAGGAGUCCCGUGGAGAGGAGAGCUUUAAAGAUCUCUACCGCUUCACCUUCCAGUUCGGGCUCGACGCCGAGCAAGGCCAGCGCUCGCUGCAGCGCUCCAUCGCCAUCGCGCUGUGGCGGCUCGUCUUCACGCUGGACACGCCGCCGCUGCUGGAACGCUGGCUGGACUUCCUGUCGGAGAACCCGUGUGCCGUGCGCGGCAUUUCUCGCGACACCUGGAACAUGUUUCUGAACUUCACGCAGAGCAUCGGCCAGGACCUCAGCAACUACAGCGAGGACGAGGCCUGGCCCAGCCUGUUCGACUCCUUCGUGGAGUGGGAGACGGAAAGACGGCGGAGAGAACAGUCGGACGCCGACUCCUCCGCCGCCGCUGGCGGCGAGACGGACUGCGAGGCCGCGUCCGUGUGGCCGGGAUCUUGAGGGCGGCCGCUUUUGGGAUGGUGGUGAAUUCUGGACGAUGACGUGCGGAGGUGUUUCUGAGCCCGUCACUCUCCAUCCUGAUUCGUGACUCUUAUUCUAAUUAUUAUGAAAUUUUUGGUCUUACCGCAUUGGGCAUCCCGGUGCGCUCUCUGACUUUUGUUUUAAUGAAAGGGCUCCAAACGAAUUGUUUUUUUAAGCACUUUUAUUUAAGUUAUUGCUAUUGUUCAUUUAAUUUGUUUUAACGUUCACAUUUCAUCCGGAGCGGUUUCUUCUCGCUGAUAUUUUGGGAUUGACCAACACGCCAAAGAAAAGGGAAUUCUGUCAGCUGCCUAUUGAGUUCAAACACACACACACAUAAUUUAUGCACGAAAGAAACCCGCACACACACGCGCCAGCAUAAACGCUGCAGGGGACGUGUUUUAACGGUUGUUUUUGGUUGAGGGGUGUGUGGUGGUUCUUCUGGUUCUGUUUAACAUCAGAUUGCGGUGAUCGAUGUCCCGAAGCCCUCAAAACCUCAUUUCUCAUGUGCUUCCCUAAUCAUUUCUGACUUUUUGUUCUUAUCAUUCAUGUCUCCUCUGACGCAUUCAUUCAUUCAUUCUGCGAGUCUCAUGUAUUCUCAGUGGUCAGAUGUGUGUGCGCGGGCGUGUGUGAGUGGGAAAUACAGAUUUAAUUGCAGUUGGAUGUCUGCUGUGAGCUUUUUCAUUUAUUUUACAGUUUACAUUAUAUUUUUUUUUAAUUCAAAGUGAUUUCAUUUCAGUCUUUUGUGUCUGGUUUUAUAUAAAUGAUACAGUUUAUAAUGAAUAAAAAUGUGUUCAGCAUUGGAUUUUAGCGUUUUUUUUCCCCUUUCAUUUUGUUGGAUUUGUUAGAGAUUCAUUUUUGAUCUCUGAUGUUCAUUUCAAGCGAUUCACUAUCAAAAAUGAGAUAGAAUUAAAGUAAUUAUUUUAAUAAGCAUGUAGUAAUGGGUGAAACAGAGCUUUAACCGAUUCGAAACUCCGAAUCAGUUAAACCAUUGCGUCGCAAAAUGAUUCACUGUUUCGAAGCGCUCGAAUCGGAUCGCGAAUCACUUGUUUCUGAUCAGUACUUCAAAUCAUGUAUCGCGAAUCAUUUGAUUUGGAUUGGGGUUUAAAAAGCGGGUUCGUGAAUCAUUCGACUUAGAUCGGGACUUCAGAGCAUGUAUCAUGAAUAAUUUUAUUUAGAUCGGAACUGGUUCGUGAAUCAUUUCGCGAAAUGAGUGAUUCAAAUUAAAUGAUUCGAUCGGAACUUCAGAGCAGGUUCGCUAAAUCAUUUAAUUCAGUUUGGGAUUUCGGAGUAAUUUCGCGAAUCUUUUUUUUUUUUCUGAUUUUGUUUUUUCUUAAACAGUAGAAAACAUCAAACCAUUAAAGGCAGUACAGUUAUAAAACAAAACAAAUUAAAGGAAGAAAGUAUACACAAAUACAAAUCCCUUAAGAAAAUUAGCACUUUUUAUAUUAAAAACAAAAACCCAGGCUAGAUGAGGAAAAUUAUCGCAAUAUAUUUGUUAAAUAAAUGUGUGUGUAUUUGACAUAAUUCAUCUGAAUAGAUGUAUUUUUUGUAAUUUA